GACCAGCUGCUGGACAUGUCCUAUGAGCAGCUGAUGCCGCUCUACAGCGCCCAGCAGAGGCGACGCCUCAACCACGGCCUGCGGCGGAAGCAGCACUUGCUGCUCAAGCGCCUGAGAAAGGCCAAGAAGGAGGCGCCGCGCAUGGAGAAGCCCGAGGUGGUGAAGACGCACCUGCGGGACAUGAUCAUCCUGCCCGAGAUAGUGUGCAGCAUGGUGGGCGUGUACAAUGGCAAGACCUUCAACCAGGUGGAGAUCAAGCCGGAGAUGAUUGGCCACUACCUGGGCGAGUUCUCCAUCACCUACAAGCCAGUGAAGCACGGCCGGCCUGGCAUCGGUGCCACCCACUCCUCCCGCUUCAUCCCCCUCAAGUAGCUGUGGCCA